AUGAGCAUAAGCAAAAGAAAAUGUGUAGAAAUUGAAAAGACUAAACUGUUAUAUAGACGAAUUUACCUUGUGGCACCUGUUCAACCUUAUGAAGAAGACAAUAGAAUGCUAAAAUUACCAGAAUCUUUGUAUUCCACAAGUGACGAUGAAAUAGGAUUAUCAACUUCUAAUAGUCCACUAGCUGAACAAAAUGAAACUCAUGAAACAACUGAUGAAGAGGUCAAUGAUGCCGAAGAUAAUUGGUUAUGUGUAAUUGAGAAUUGGAUUGAUAUGUUAAAUGAUGAAAAUUGUUUAGAUAAUGGGGAAGCUAUAAGUAAUGAAGAACUUGAAUUCGAACUGACUAGAUAUAUUACUCAUCCAGCAGAGGAUCUAUCAGCAAAAUAG